AGGAAAAGCUCCACCAGAAAAUUUCCCGUUUCACCCCUACACCAUUCGCCGUUGUAAAUAAGUAAAUAACCAAACAACGUAGGGUUCGAAGUGUUUUUCGUCACUGCACAUCGUUCUUCUUCCUUCACGAGAAAACCUGCGAAGGUCACCACCCAACCAUUACAACCGAUAUCCACAAAAGUUUUUCGGAGUAAUUCAUUGUUUGAUCACAAUUUGGGAUGAGAUAUUCCUAACCUCUUAUCGUUAAUUAUUUCCCAAUUAUCAAUUUUGAUUGAAUGUGUUCAUGUAUUUUUCCAUUAAAAGGUUCAUUAAUUUCUGAUUGUGGCAAUAAUUUGCUAAAUUGUUGGUUUCCGUUCAUAUUAAUGGUGCUUGAGAUACCCUUUUAGGCGUCGGAGUUGCUUUGCUGAGUGAUAAGCGGAUGAAUUUGCGUUUAGGGUUUUAGGGCAAUAGAAUUUUUUUGAGGGUGCAGUAAUGGAGGGAGAUAAACGGACAUUUAGGGUUGAUUUAACGAGUGAAGGAGCUUCGAAGCUUCGGGAUGCUAUCAGAGUGAAGCUCAAGGAGUUCAUGGGCGAUUACACGGACGAUACUCUCGUGGAAUAUGUGAUAGUCUUGCUAAAAAAUGGUAGAUCUAAGGAUGAAGCGAAGAGCGAGUUGAAUGUUUUUUUGGGUGAUGACAGCGAUUCUUUUGUCUCCUGGCUUUGGGAUCAUUUAGGAUCUAAUGUAAGUCUAUAUGUGCAACCACAAGGACUUCAAUCAGAAGGAGUGUCCAAGACAAAGCCGGUACCAGGGAAUGAGGCUGGAAAUACUGAGACAUAUGAGAUUCAACCUAAAGCUGAUAAAGUGAAUUCUGUCAAAUCACAUAGACACCGUAGCAAUCCUCCAUCCAAAGGGUUAGUGAGGGACAGGGAUGACAAUGAAGUCCUUCCUCAAAACAGUGUUGAUGGCAUUGAAACUUCCAAGAACGAAUGGAGGGUUCGGCCUACAAGUCAUAAGAAGAGACGGGGAGCUGAGGAGCAGCAACCUAGAAAGAGGGAAGUUUCCCAGUCAACUGUCAGUGCUCCAAGACGUCUGCUGCAGUUUGCUGUACGUGACGCCGUUGGUACUUCUAGGCCAUCCAUUGCAGCAGAGUCCUCACGCAAACGACUGAGGUCUGUGGUUUCUACAUCAACUGGGGACUUAUUGCCGGAAGAACGCCCUCAAAGAAUUCCACGUACUUUCAUAUCUGUGGCCAUUAAAGCUGCAGCAGAGGCAGUCGAGGAUGUGAGCAAAACCAGGCCUUCCCAUAAUGUGUUUGAUAGGCUUGGUCACACACCCGAUGUUCCAAAUACUGCUUAUGAUCAAGAAAAUGAACGUGUUGCUGAAGUGGGAGAUGGCGAUUUUGGUGUUGCAACAGAAAACUUCGACUCGGGUUAUCGUCCACAAAAUGAUGGCAGCAUGCUGCAAGCAGUGAAUAUGUCGCCUUUUCAUGAAACUAUUUUGGAUUCUGUUUUGGGAGAUGAUGGGGAAGAUUAUGAUGAUAUUGACGAUAGGGAACCAGAUGCCACAGAUGUAACGAGGUUAGGCACAUCUGGUAGAAAGUGGAUAGAUAAAUCCCUAGCAUACGAGUAUGAUGCUGCUGCUGAACCAAUUAAAGGUUUGGGUCCACCGGCAACAAGGCGCAAUCCUUCCGUUAGAAUUGCUUCAUCUGUAGGCCUGAAUACCAGGAAAGCCCAAUAUGGGGAAAGGGACGUGUCUGAGAUGGAUACUCAUAAAAGAUCACUAAGUAGUGCUACGGCAACUAAACCUGAGGUUCGGUUGUUGAAGGUGAACAGCAAUCCUACACCAGUCUCUAACGGAAAUGCAAAACCUGAUAUGAUCCAACAGCAGACUGAAAAAACUCGGGCUCCAACUGGUUUACAGAAUACUGGACCACCAACUGAUGGUGCUGAUUCACGGACCAUCUUUGUUAGCAAUGUUCAUUUUGCUGCCACCAAGGAUAGCCUUUCACGACACUUCAACAAGUUUGGAGAAGUCCUGAAAGUUAUAAUUUUAACUGAUCCGGUUACCGGACAACCAAAAGGGUCUGCCUAUAUUGAGUUUAUGAGAAAAGAAGCUGCUGAGCUUGCAUUAUCUCUAGAUGGCACCUCCUUCAUGUCUCGCCUUCUCAAGAUUGUAAGGAAAAACUCUGUUCUACCAGAAGUUGCAUCAAUUACACCACGGCCACGUGUCCUUCGGGCAUCUCCCUAUACUGUUCCGAGAUAUAGCAGAGUUCCUUUUGCUAGAGGCAUGCCCAGUAGUAUAUACAGAUCACGCGUACCUAUGAAGCCGGGGACAAGAAGCUUCCAGUGGAAGCGUGGGACUGAGUCGACUGCCAACGAGACCUCAGUUAACACCAAUUUUCCGGCACCAGCAAUUCGUGGUCUUACAUAUGUUCGUCCGGAAACUAAGGCAAAUGGGAGUUCUGGCACUGCUUAGUAAGGUUUUGCCGAGUUAUUCUUCAAUCGGGGCGAAUUUUGAAUAUCUGAUAUUAUUUUGACUUUGGUUAAAUAAGCUAGUCAAGGGCUGGAAUUGGCAUAGGUUGAGGGGUCGAACGGCGUUAAGGGGACAUUCCAGUUAAUUUUGCUAUGGUGAAUGUUAUUUGAUAAUGGGCUGUGGAGUGUGGACAGUAAUCGCUCAGCAUUUGCCUAUUCCUUUUUUUUUUUCCCCCUCCCCAAAUUUAAUGAAAUAUGGGUCCUGGAAAUGUUUUGUUGUAUGUUUGGCCACUCAUUAAGAAGAAUUGAGGGGCAAUAUCCAUUGUCUUUGCCGCGAAAGUUGCUUUAAACUCCACAAGGACUCGGAUCGUACAACCAUGAUUAUAUAUUCUUUUGAUAGGAAUGUGGAUAUUAGGCCUUUUGAUAUCUUAUUUAAGAUAUGAGUUUUAUCAUUAUUGCAUAUGUUUGGGCGACAAUACAAAUUUGUGUUUGUUGUUGAUGCAAAAGUAUGUAGACAUGAAAUAUUGCUGUCAUGAGAUAUAAGACCCGAGUUUUAUCAUUAUUGCAUAUGUUGGGUGCACAAUAUAUAUACUGUUGUGUUUGUUGAUAAUGAAAAAUAUAUAGACUUGAAAUAUUUCUGUCGUGAGCU